AUGCUUGUGAGCACUGCCGCACACUCUCCAGAACGGUUGAACGCCUCAAGACUCUCCCAACUUGGCCGUGAAAGCCUUUGGGAGGAGGUGCUUGUUGCGCUCGACCGCUUGCCUCCGAAGCAGGCACCCAAUGUGGUCCUGUAUACAGCUGCCGUUCAUGCCCUAUCGAAUGGCCAGCAAAGGCUGCGGGCGCUGCAGACCUUUGCACGACUGCGGCGGCGGCUGCGCAGCACCGCUACUGGGAAGCGCCUGGACGCCAUGGCGUUUGGUGCUGCCAUGGGCGCCUCUGACAGUUGGGCCCGUGCACGUGCUUACCUUUGUGAGAUGGGGGGCCUGACCAUUGAAGUGGCGGCCAUGUCCUUCAACUCGGCUUUGAGUAUUUUCCAUGGUGCCUGGGCACCAGCGCUGCAGUGCCUGCGCUUGGCCAUGGCAUGGACGGUCAGAUGCAAUGAAGUGACAUUCAACAGUGCUGUUGCUAUCAGCCAGUGGUGGUUGGGACUUCAGCUGUUGAGCACUUGCAAGGCGGGUGCCUUGGAGCUGGAUGUGAUUGGAUGCAAUUCCAUCAUCAGUAAAAUGGCACAAUCCGAUUCGGACUUGUGGAAACAGAGUGCGGCGAUGUUGUCUUCAACAAGGCUCAUGAGAUUGGAGCCGAACUUGUUGAGCAUCAACUCCUAUGCAGCUUCCUUGGAAACCAAUUGGGCAGCAGCUGUGCAGCUGGAGGAAGAGGCAAAAGGCAGCACUGUGCCUGAUAUGAUCACCUCAUUGGCAGUUCUACAUGGCCUGCGAGCAGCGGGGAGAUGGCAGCGAUCGGUGUUGGUGCUUGGAAACAUGUACAGGGAUUUGAUACAAGUUGGCCGAAAUCUGUGCAACUGCGCCGUUGAUGCUUGCCAAAGUGCCAAUGCUUGGCUGAAGGCAAUUCUCUUGGGUGAGCAGCCGUUGGAUGUGAUGGCUGGUCAUGGUCGGUGGGAGCAGAUCUUUGCUUCCUUUGAUUCAGCUACACGCUGUAGCCUUCAGGUAGACCACGUGGUUGCAAACAAAGCCGCCAAUCAGUGUGUGAGACAGGGAAGUUGGAUGGAGCAAAUUGGACUUAUGGCAUGGCUGCAGCAACGUCACUUGCUUCCUGAUAUAGUUGGCCACACCGUUUCUGUCGCAGCGUGCACGCUUGCGCAUCAGUGGCGCCAUGCAAGCAGGCUGACUUCAGUCAGGGACCUUAGGGCCUUGGCCUGUGCCAGCUCUGCCUGCGAGAAGGCCGGCAGAUGGUCACAAGCAUUGAAUGUGUUGCGCGCUGCAGAGCUCUCCGGCCUCCUUCCAGACUCAGCGGUGUUGAAUGUGCAGCUGGCAGCCGUACCUCCUCCGCAAUGGGCUAGGCUGUGCCAACUCCUGCACAGCACCGGCCGGUGGGCUGUGCAGCUUGACGUGGUGUCCUACUGCACAGCAAUCACUGCAACGAGCCGUGGCCGAGGACGCCAGGUUGAAGACCUCAUGCUGGGGAUGCGCAAAGCGCAGCUGCGCCCGGAUGUGGCUUUGCUGGUUGCAUAUGCGGAGACCUUGGAGGCUUCUCACACCAUACUGGAAGCGCUGCGUCUAGUGGCAGUGGGUGCAGAUGACAUUCUGAGGCGGGAAGGAGACACGAGCAACGAAGCAAAGCUGAAACUAUGCCAUGCCAAGGUCAGCCUCCGUGAGGACAAGAUGGCAGCACCUGCGGAGAAAAAAGAGGGCAGCUGA